AUGCUGUUUUCAUUUCCUCAUGCAAAGAAGAAGCACAGUAGAGAAGAAAGGCAGACCCAGCACAUUCACCCUUUGCUGCCAUGGGGAACUGGGCCGUGAAUGAGGGACUCUCCAUCUUUGUCAUUCUGGUGUGGUUGGGGUUGAAUGUCUUCCUCUUUGUCAACUACUACAAGGUUUAUGAUGAUGGACCCAAGUACUUUUAUACUCGAAAACUCCUCGGGUCAGCACUGGCUCUGGCCAGGGCACCUGCAGCCUGCCUGAAUUUCAACUGCAUGCUGAUCCUGUUACCAGUGUGUCGAAAUCUGCUCUCCUUCCUCAGGGGUUCCAGCGCGUGUUGCUCAACAAGAAUUCGAAGACAACUGGAUCGGAACCUCACUUUCCAUAAAAUGGUGGCAUGGAUGAUAGCACUUCACACUGCGAUCCACACCAUUGCACAUCUGUUCAAUGUGGAGUGGUGUGUGAAUGCCAGAGUCAACAGUUCUGACCCAUAUUCAGUAGCACUCUCUCAAAUUGGUGACAAGGACAAUGAAGAGUAUCUCAAUUUUGCUAGAGAAAAAAUCAAGAACCCUGAAGGAGGCCUCUACGUGGCCGUGACUCGGUUGGCUGGCAUCACCGGAGUUGUCAUCACACUGUGUCUCAUAUUAAUUAUCACAUCCUCUACGAAAACCAUCCGGAGAUCUUACUUUGAAGUAUUCUGGUAUACACACCAUCUCUUUGUGAUCUUCUUCAUCGGCCUUGCCAUCCAUGGAGCUGAACGAAUUGUACGUGGACAGACUACAGAUAGUUUGAAUGAGCAUGAUAUAAAAUUCUGUGAAGACAAAAUCUCAGAAUGGGGAAAAAUAAAGCAGUGCCCAGUACCCAAGUUCUCUGGAAACCCUCCUAUGACUUGGAAAUGGAUAGUGGGUCCCAUGUUCCUGUAUCUCUGUGAGAGGCUGGUCCGGUUUUGGCGAUCACAACAGAAGGUGGUCAUCACCAAGGUGGUCACUCACCCUUUCAAAACCAUUGAGCUUCAGAUGAAGAAGAAAGGAUUCAAGAUGGAGGUGGGACAGUACAUUUUUGUCAAGUGUCCUAAGGUGUCCAAGCUGGAAUGGCACCCAUUCACCCUGACCUCUGCGCCUGAAGAAGACUUUUUUAGCAUUCAUAUUCGUAUUGUGGGAGACUGGACAGAAGGGCUGUUCAAUGCUUGUGGCUGUGAUAAGCAAGAGUUCCAAGAUGCCUGGAAACUACCUAAGAUAGCAGUUGAUGGGCCUUUUGGCACAGCCAGUGAAGAUGUGUUCAGCUAUGAAGUGGUGAUGCUAGUGGGAGCGGGGAUCGGAGUCACGCCUUUUGCCUCCAUUCUCAAGUCUGUCUGGUACAAAUAUUGCAAUAAUGCCACAAAUCUGAGGCUCAAAAAGAUCUACUUUUACUGGCUGUGCAGGGACACACAUGCCUUUGAGUGGUUUGCAGACCUGCUGCAGCUGCUGGAGACCCAAAUGCAGGAAAGGAACAACGCCGAUUUCCUCAGCUACAACAUCUACCUUACUGGCUGGGAUGAUGCUCAGGCCAAUCACUUUGCUGUACACCACGAUGAGGAGAAAGAUGUAAUCACAGGCCUAAAACAAAAGACUCAGUAUGGACGACCCAACUGGGAUAAUGAAUUCAAGACAAUUGCAAGUCAACACCCUAACACCAGAAUAGGAGUUUUCCUCUGUGGUCCUGAAGCCUUGGCUAAAACCCUCAACAAACAAAGCAUCUCCAACUCCGAGUCCGGCCCUCGUGGAGUGCAUUUCAUUUUCAACAAGGAAAACUUCUAACUCGGCUCUUUCACGAAGAAAUAAGUGUAUGCUGCAAAAUGCCCCAAUAUUGCUGGUUGACUAGAUGAGCCACAUCCUCUGAAGAAAGGAGGAGGAAAGGAAACGAUGAUGACAUAGCCACCCCCUUAUAAGAAUUGCAAAGAUUGCUUGCUAGGUCACAUUUGCAUGGAGCUUCAUGGCUUUCACAGCACUUUUACAAACAUUAUUAUGCUGCUUUAUGUCACAUUUCCCUCUGCCAUGCCUGAAGAGGGUUAGGCAAGAAUUGUCUGGAACCCAUUUUUGGAUAAACAGUAGAAACUCAAAUAAUUCAGCACCUUCCUUCACAUUCAGAAGCUGAAACCCAAUCUAUGCCACUUGACUCCAUAUGUGGUAAUCUUUUCGUAUUUAAUACCAGGUUGUCUCAGGAAUCAAUUUUUCUGCCCUCUCCUACAAGAGAGUACUACAAAGAGUAGUUUAUCAAUCCUCAUUUUUUUGUUUCAUCUUUAACAUUAGUUAGCAUCAUGCAAAAGGAGAGUGCUUUUUAUGGAAGAAAUAAUGAUGCUGGCAGUGACUUAAUACUUUCUAGUGACAGUAUUGACAUGGAAGUGCUUUCCAGUUUACCAGCACAACAGCUUAACUGUGUCAGAGAUUAUUCCUACAAAGGAACAUUAGACUGGCUGGAGUUAAGGUAGCAGUCUACAUUUAGCAAGGUGCUUGGCAGAGUGGGGUUCAAGGUCAGUUUAUUGAAUGAAUGAGUGAGAGAACAAACGAAUGGAAACAUUUAGAACUACACAAUGUCAGAGGGGAAUUAACUUAAGAUCAGAGACAAAAUUAUCCUUCUGUUACUUUUACAGAUCAGAGGAUUCUGAUUCCCCUGGGGGUAGAAAGCAGAAUAUGAACCAGUGGGAUAGCCUGGUCUAGUGUAUUUACCCUGCUGUUAUCUGGAGGCAGGGGGGUUGAAGUCAGAGACCUAAACUCCUAUGAUGCUGCUGGCUAACACUUCUAGUCCUAGUCCAUAAGACUGAAAGAAAAACACAUCUGUUUAUUGCCAGAAAUGGUCUGUUCUAGCUAACCCUUGUGAAAUUUGAACUGAAUUCUAGCAAAUGUGUAUCUGAUAAUACGUAUCCUGCUUAGAAUCCAUUUAUUCUUUUUGAUUUAAUGCCUACACAAAUAAAUCUCAUGUGUGUAUAUAAUAAGUUGUUUUUACUACACUAUUUUCAUCACCACUAUUACCAGCGUCACCAUCUUCCUGAAAUAUAAAUCAUAGAAACUGUAAUCCUCAAAUAGUGAAAUCACACCCAAUAUUUGAUGGGUAGUCAGAAGCAUAAAACAGAGUCUAAAUCUUUAAAAAUAGUUAUGAUUGCCCGACCACCAAGGAUAGCAAUAUUUAUAGCUAUACAGCUUUGGCAAUGAGGAAUAAAGUGCAGAGGAAAGGGCAGAGGUCUUAGUGCAAAGAAGAGGAAGUGUGGAAACAACAGAAGAGAAAAAAAGUACACUCAAAAGGAAGAGGCAGGGGGAAGGGGGUCUCACAGUGGUCAUGUUUCAUCCUCCAUUUCUGUGGUGUAUAUAUUGCAUGUAAUUGAAAGAGGCAUUCAGAGUCAUCUUGUUUUGACUUCAUACAGUGUUGAAUCUUUUCAAUUCUGGUCCAAAUUUUGAUGUUAUGCUGGCAUUUUGAAGGGACUAGAUGAAGUGAGAGCUCUGAUGUCCCUUAUAUUACUUUUCUGCCUGUGUUCUGCUAAUAUCCUUAGAACACUGAAGGUUGGAUUCGGCAAAUAAGACCUUCCUAGAUGUGCACAUGGCACCACAAUAAAUGUUCCUCCUUUAGAAAGGUUCAUCCCCUUCAUGUUGUACCCUAGACAUUAGUUCAAUCAUUGAACAUAUAUUCUCUUUGUAUAAUUAACAUGAGUAAGAUACUGUUUUAAUUAGUUUUAAUUAUUUGUAGCGAAGUUUGAGCUAGAGGGAGACACCAGUUACAUGGAAUUUGAACAUAUGUAUCCAAGUGCUAUUAAAUAAUGUCUCUCUGUUUGUUACUCCAAGAAUGUCUCUCCAGUUUUCUAAAGACACAAACAGAGUUCCCAAAAUAGAGAUCCACCCUGUGUUAUUCUGGUUAUGAGAUGGAAAAUGAGUGCAAUGUGCUUCUUGUUUGAGAACUUCCUUCUUUUUUCCUCCCAAGCCCCCAGCUCCCAGCUACCAGCAUAGCUCUUUCAGCAUUUAUUUCUUGGAAUUUAGUAACAGAUAUUGAGAUUUGUAUUUAGUAACAAGUAUCAAAUGAGAAAAUAAGGCUAUAUAUGCUUUUCUUAGUUUUUCUUGCUUUUGCAAUAUUGUGUUUAUGAAAUUUGAAUACUUGCAGCCAUUGUAUAUGAAUAGUUUGGGGGAGAAGAUGAUCUGGGAAUAACUUUUAGAAACAGCUAUUAAAGCUUGCUUAGAUGUUGAAAUCA